UGCGCUCUUUUACGUUUAGAACCUCGAGGUGUGAGGACGUUGCCUUCUCUGCAUCUGCCUGCCUGUGCCUGUCUUCUUGUGGCGAAACACACAGAACGUUGUCUGUCCGCACACAAACAUAGAACAACGCGUAUAUAUUUCAAAUAUCCCUAGCUCUGGAGGAGAACAAGAAGAAGGAACCAAAUCCACCAUUAUUUGUGUACGGAAGAAUUUCAAAAAACUUGUCCAAAAGUAUCUACAACAACUGUGCAACAACAUCAUACCAAUACAGUCUGCGACCGCUGCUGCUACAACAUAAAUAACCAUAUAUAAACAAUUUUAAACGACAACAGCAACAACAACAAACAAUCAAUAUGCCAGCUACUCUAACAAACGGUCAUGCCAACGGUUGCAGUGUCAACGGCAAUGGUACCCAAUAUGACAUGGAAGAUGGUCAAUCAUUCCUUUUCACUUCCGAAUCCGUAGGAGAAGGACAUCCAGAUAAAAUGUGCGAUCAAAUCAGUGACGCUAUUUUGGAUGCCCACUUAAAACAAGAUCCCGAUGCCAAAGUUGCUUGUGAAACUGUGGCUAAAACUGGCAUGAUUUUGUUGUGUGGUGAAAUUACCUCCAAAGCUGUGGUGGAUUAUCAAAAGGUUGUACGCGAAACAGUUAAACACAUUGGCUAUGAUGAUUCCUCAAAGGGUUUUGAUUAUAAGACAUGCAACGUUUUGUUAGCCUUGGACCAGCAAUCACCGGAAAUUGCCGCUGGAGUGCAUGUAAAUCGUGCUGAAGAAGAAAUCGGUGCCGGAGAUCAGGGUAUUAUGUUCGGUUAUGCCACCGAUGAAACUGAAGAAUGCAUGCCCUUGACCGUGGUAUUGGCACACAAAUUGAACGAGAAAAUCGCCGAGUUGCGCCGUAAUGGUGCUUUCUGGUGGGCACGUCCUGAUUCUAAAACACAGAUCACCUGCGAAUAUUCGUUCCAUCAAGGUGCCGCCGUACCCAAGCGUGUCCACACCAUUGUCAUUUCCAUGCAACACUCCGAGAAGAUCACACUCGAGGAUUUACGUACAGAGGUGAUGAACAAAGUUGUCAAAGAAGUCAUUCCCGCCAAAUAUUUCGAUGCCAAUACAAUUGUACACAUCAAUCCAUGCGGUUUGUUCGUUAUUGGCGGACCAAUGGGUGAUGCCGGCUUGACUGGUCGUAAGAUCAUUGUCGAUACCUAUGGUGGUUGGGGUGCUCACGGUGGUGGUGCCUUCUCCGGCAAGGAUUACACUAAAGUAGACAGAUCCGCAGCCUAUGCAGCUCGCUGGGUAGCCAAAUCAUUGGUCAAGGCUGGUUUGUGCAAACGUUGUUUGGUUCAAGUGUCAUACGCCAUCGGUUUGGCCGAACCCCUGUCCAUUACAGUCUUCGAUUAUGGUACUUCUCACAAAACACAAAAGGAAUUGUUGGAAAUCAUUAGAAACAAUUUCGACUUGAGACCCGGCAAAAUUGUCAAGGAUCUCGACUUGAAGAAACCCAUUUACCAGCGCACAAGUACUUAUGGCCAUUUCGGCCGUAACGUUUUCCCAUGGGAACAGGCUAAACCUUUGAACAUCAAUUGACUAGAAGCUGACCUGCAGCAGCUGCCUCAGCCACCGUGUGCUAAAAAGUGUAAAACCGCGUAAUUUUUAGUUAUAAUUUUAAAAUUUUACUUUUUUUGUCCUUCACUCUCCUCUAUUUUUUAUUAUUUUAAACUAUUAAUUUGUAUGUUUUUCAAAAUGAUCUUAAAGUGAAAUAUUUCAUCCUUUUGGCAUUGUGGAGAAAAACAAAUCAUCCAGCCACGCGAGGAAAGGCAUUUCCUUUUGUCGUGUACGGUUCAAAAUUUAUUUCGCUUUAAAAUUUAUUUUGAUAACUUUAAAUUAAUAACACAUUUAGUUUUAGUUGUCCAAAAAACAAACAAAAGCCAACCAUCAAGAAUAUAAUUACUUACAAACACAAAAAUAAUAAUACAAAAACAAACUGCUAAACUAUAUUAAGUAAAAAUAUAAAAUAAAUAUUUUAUAAAUUCAUCCACAACAACAACAACAAAAGAAAAACCCAAAUAAUUUUAAUAAGUAAAUGAUGAUCAACUGUCGCCGUUGCCACUGCUGUAUAUGUGUAAUUGCAAAAAUGUUUCUUUCCAAGAAGUGGGCGUAAACGCUUCUGUUCUCUGAAAACAUGCCCGCUGUUUUUUUGUUUGUUUUAUGUUAAGAAUUCAACAAAUGCUGUUUGUUUUGUAUCUACUGCCCUGUUUACAUAUGUAUUUGUGUUUUUUUAUUCUAUAUCGCUUCCCCUUGUUGGUGCCCCACCCCCACCCAAACAAAGUCUAAUUACAACGAAACAGCAGAAAUUGUUUAACAUUUUACUAUCUCAAAUAUAUUUUAAUUUGUCUUCUCCCCCCACCACUUUAUCUCUAUCCACUCUCGUUACUAUUUUCUUUUUGCAAUUUUAAUGUUUUAUAUAUUUAAUAAAAAGAAAAACAACAAAAACCAGAAUAAAAUAAAGUUAGACUAUUUAAACAUAAUAAUUUUCUUCUAUUUUUAUUUUAACAUCUUUUAAUGCCUGGCCUUUCAAAGUGCAGUUUUUGCAAAUUUGCGUUUAUUCUUUUUUUCUGACCUAUUUUCUAGCAUCUAAAAAAUUCUUUUCGAAUUAAAAAAAUGAUAACAUAUAAAGAAAACAACUUGUGUAUUUUGUAUUUAAGGAUAGUAGAAUUUCCUUAUAAGGUAAAUCAACAAAACAGAAAAAAAUUGAAACAUGAAAUUAAGAAAAAUACAUUUUGAUUAGACUACUCAAACAAAAAUACAACAUAAAUUUGAAAAACAAAAAAACUACAAUAUUUUUAUGUUGUUUUAACACCAAUAAUGCAGUUUAUCAAUAAACAAAAUAAAUCUAUGUAAACAAAUGAAAAAUAUUAAGAAACAGCAAGUUUUAAAGAAGCAUCCAAAUUAUAUUCAGAAAAUAAACUAAAAAGAAACAUAAAACCAAUUCAAUAUAACAAAUUACUUAAAAAAACCA